AUGGGAAAAAUAAAGAAGAAAGGAACUACUGGCCAGGCCAAAAACUAUAUCACGCGAACACAAGCCGUGCGCAAAUUGCAGAUUUCACUCCCAGAUUUUCGACGACUAUGUAUCUUCAAGGGCAUCUAUCCUCGUGAACCGCGAAACAAGAAAAAGGCGGCUAAAAACUCCACGGCGAGCACCACUUUUUACUACACGAAAGAUAUUCAGUACCUUCUCCAUGAGCCGCUGCUCCGAAAGUUCCGCGACCAAAAGGCGCUCGCGAAGAAGAUUGCACGCUCGCUAGGCCGUGGUGAAGUUGGCAAUGCCGCGCGAUUGGAAAAGAACCUUGCGCCAAAGCUUACUCUCGACCAUAUCAUCAAAGAACGAUACCCGACUUUCGUCGACGCAUUGAGAGAUCUCGAUGAUUGUCUUUCGUUGCUAUUCCUCUUUGCAAGUCUUCCGUCUACCACAAACGUCCCUCCCAAGACGAUUGCAAAAUGUCAGAGACUCUGUCACGAGUUCCAGCACUACCUCAUCACCACGCAUUCGCUUCGCAAGUCGUUCCUUUCAAUUAAGGGUAUCUACUAUCAAGCUACUAUCCAGGGUCAGGAUAUUCUCUGGCUCGUCCCAUAUCGCUUCGUCCAGCAGGUAAAUGGCGAUGUCGACUAUCGUAUUAUGGCCACCUUCGUCGAGUUCUACACUACCCUUCUUGGAUUCGUCAAUUACCGAUUGUAUACAUCUAUUGGUUUGGUUUACCCUCCGAGAUUCGACUCCGCCAGCGACGAGCGAGGAGCAGAAUUGGCCGCCUUUAAGCUGGAAAGCAAAAACGUGGGUCAUUUGAAGGCUCUUGAACAACCAACAACAAACGGCAAUGCAGCCAGCAACGAGGUUUCAAAGGAGAUCCAAAAGAAGGUGGACGAUGUUGUCAAGUCGGCUGGUCUUGACCAAGCCCAGGACACUGCUGUGGCCGAAGAACAGACAACGAAUGAAUAUGCGAUUGAUAAGUUCGAGCCUGCCGCCCCGGAAGCAGACACCCUAGCUCAACCCGAUGGUAGCGAGAACGAGGCUGGAAGUUUGUUCUCUUCAUUCACUUUCUUCAUCUCACGAGAGGCUCCCAAGGCGCCAUUGGAAUUCCUCCUACGCUCAUUUGGAUGUAAGCGAAUUGCGUGGGAUGCGGUUGCUGGAGAAGGUGCUUUCACCAACGAUGAGUCCGACCCGCGUAUCACCCACCAGAUUGUUGAUCGCCCACCCCUUCCGGAAUCAGCACUCCCAGCUGUAUCCGGGGAUGCAAAUGCUGAUUCGGUGCGCAUCCGGACCGGCGGCCGCAUUCCAGGCCGUACAUACGUUCAACCUCAGUGGGUAUGGGAUUGCAUCAAUGAAGGCAAACUUCUUCGACCGGAUCUAUACGCACCUGGAGCGACGCUCCCACCACAUCUAAGUCCAUGGGUGAAGGCCACUAGAGGUGCCUACGACCCUCGAGCAAGUCUCGCAGACCAAGAGGAAGAAGGUGAAGCCGAACGUGCAGAGGAAGAGGACGAGGAGGAAAGCGAAGAGGAGGAAGUUGCAGAAGAUUCGAAGAUGGUGGACGAAGAUGAAGCGAGCGAAGCAGAGGAUGACCACGGCAUGGAUGUGGACGAUUCCGAGCAGGAUGAAAGUGACGAAGAAGAGGAGGAGGACGACGAUGACGACGACGACGACGAUUUCAGUGGAUUCGACGAUGCUGCAGAAGCUGCUUCUGAAUCAGAAGAUGAGGACGAGGCUCUCCGAUCUCAGCACCAGAAGGAACUUGAAGCCGAAGCCGCCGGUCUGCCGUUCAGCGGAUCUACAAAGAGCUCAUCGACCAAGAAGUCCUCCAAGACCAAGAAGUACGAAGCUGACAGACGCAAGGAAGAAGAGGAGCUCGAGAGACAGAAGAUGAUGAUGAGUCGGAAGAAGCGAAAGUUGUUGGAUAAGAUGUUGUAUUCCAACAAGAAGAAGGAGGAAGAGGCUCAGAAGCUGCGCAGCAAGCGGAGAAAGAUUGAAAAUGCAGCCAAGACGAAGGCUUGA